CCCCUCCUCCCUCCUCAGUCUGGUGCUGCUGCUGCUGCAAGCUGCUGGUGUUGCCGUGACGAUGAUCUCCUCCCCCUCCCACUCACACACACACAUUCACACACACACAUACACACACUCAGAGCAGAGAGGAGAGGGAGCAAACAAGACGGUAUCAUGACGCGGUGGCUCCAGGCUGGAAAACAGAGUCAGAGUGACGGGCUGCGUCUGAGGAAAGAGGGUGAGUUCUGGGUUUAUCCUUCUCUACGGGGGGGGAGGUGAGAGGAUGGAGGGAUGGACAGAUGGAUGAUGGGUGGAGGGAGGGAUGGAGGAAUGCUGGAGAUGACAGCAGCAUCUGUAGCAUGGUGUUCCCUCCUGAGAGAGAGAGAGAGAGAGAGGAGGGAGGAGGAAGGAUGGAGGAGAUGAGGAUGGACGGAUUGAAGGAUGGAGGGUGGAGGAGGAUGAGAGAGUGGACGUAGGAAAAACUGAGCCGUAUCAGCUGUGGAGGAAAUACAAGUGUGUGUGUGUGUGUGUGUGUGUGUGUGUGUGAGAUCAGGCCUGUAUCUACUGAACGUUAGCAUCCUGAGAGCUAACAGUAACAGCAGGUACGUCACUCCUCUGACGACUGACCACGCUGAUCCUCGCCGAUCUUUAACACCUCAGAGCGAACAUCUGAGCUUCUCCGAGACGUAAAGUUCAUAUUUCAGUCAGAGAGCCAAUCAGAGGGCCUAAAACAGAGGGAAAAAAACAACCAAAGAGACACCUGAAGUGGCGUGGAUGGAGGCGUUGACUGGCCCAGAUGGUGGGUGAAGCGGCGGCGGCCUCGGGUUCGACUCUGUGAUCCACUAAACUGCUCCUUCAAAGACCCGUUAACCAAUCAGAAUAAAACCAGAAUGUGACGUGUCAAUGUUCAGAUACUUCUGGAUAUUAUACUCCUACAGGUGAUCGGUCAUGAACUUUGGGUAAUGACCAAAAGAACAAGAUCGCAGAUACAAGGGGCCGAAAUGGGUUUACUGGAGGUGGAUCGGGCAUCUGGUUAGGACGCCUUCUGAACGCCUCCUGUUAGAGGUGUUCCAGACAUGUCCCACCGGGAGGAGACCUUGUAGCGCCUGGGAAUCCAUCCGGAGGAGCUGGUGGAAGUGGCCAGGGUGAGGGCCGUCUGGACUUCCCUCCUGAAGCUGCUGCCCCUGAGACCCGGACCAGGAUGAAGCAGAAGAAAACGACAAAGACGAGGAGGUGAUUGGUGCAUGGAUUAGUCAGGUUACCAUAAAAGCGCCCUCUGCUGGAUCAUACAGCGAGUCACGACAUUGGUAUUGGUAUACUCAGUGCGUUUACAUGCACAGCUUAUGCUGCGUUCCAGUUACCUCAAACGUCGGACAUCGGCGCUAGGAAUGACGCUACACCAAAGUUGGCAGCAUCUCAGUUAACAAGUCAGACAACCAAGAUGAACCCGUUGUUAGCUGUUGUCAGUUGUGGUUUGUGGUUGUCAGCUGUUGUCAGUUGUUGUAGGCUGUUGUCAGUUGAUAGUGGUUGCCAGCCAUCUUUAGCCAUUGUCAGUUGUCUUUCGCUGUUGUCAGUUGUCGUUAGCCAUUGGCAGUUGUUGUUAGCUGUUGUCAGUUGUUGUUAGCAGUUGCCUGUUGUUGUUAGCUGUUGUCUGUUGUUGUUUGCGGUUGUCAGCUGUCAUUAUUCGUUGCUGCUGGGCAUUUUGGAGACACAAGAAGAUGGAGCAUCGUACAGCGUUGUUUUUGUCCGACAUGAUGGACGCGCUACUUUUUCUAAAGAUGAGGUUCACGCUACUCCUCUACUCUGGGGUUUUUGUUCUGGGGUUACGGGGGCGUGGCGCACGCGCACAUACAUUGUCCGAUCAUACUCCGACUACUCUGGUUACAUGGUAGAGAAAAUUGAAUUCCAAUCACAUUAUCUGUGUGUCUUCACUGAAGUUCUCAAACUCCGAUUAUAGUCGGACUAAGGUGUUUACAUGCACCUCAGUUGUCCGGUCUUAAUCGGAAUAAGGCGAUAAUUCGGUUUUCUCGAGUGUCAUGUGAACGUACUGACUGUGUUGUUAUGGGUUCCAACAGCUGAUGACUGUAAAGUUAUCAACUUAACGAUGAAACGACAUCAUCUCGAUCAUGGCUGCCAUCUUGGCUGCUUCCUCCUAGACCCCGCCCAGUUCUUAAAUAAAGGACUAUGAUUGGAGGAGGCUCAGACCCACCUGUCUGAGAAAAGUGAACGUGAGCUGGUUGAUCAAGAAUUCGUCUGACUUUUUGACCCUUUGGUAACGUCUCUCACUAAUCCGAAUUUAUUCAAUACUCAGUCGAUUUAGUCCUGAACCUUGGUGAGAGAUCUACAGACGAAUAAAUGAAGGGAAUAGACAGAGUAAAAGAGAGAGAGAGGGAGAAAAAGGAGUGAUAAAACAGAAAGAGGAGUUUCCCGUGGGAGUAUUUUCUAUUUAUAGACGGGGAUCAGAUUACCUGUGUGUGUCUGCAUGAGUUAAGUUAGUCUACGUCAGCUGGUUUUCCCUCCGUCAGCGAGGCAUCAUGAAGCUGGACUGGUUUACGGACUCCUCUGUCUGCGCCUGAAGCGAGUUUCUGCUUAGAUGGUAAAACCUUUAUGAUGUUAAAAUGGAGUUUGGAGAUGAUGGAGGUAUGUUAUGGAAAUUUAGUUUUUUUAUAAGUCGGUUUGUUUCUCUUCUCUGUCGUACUCAGCUGGUGCCGGUGUGAUCUGCAGGUAUCCUCCGGAGAGAUCGGCGUAUGUACGGAUAAUUUUAAAAACAGAGUUGAUUUACAAAACGUCUCUGUCCACAACAGCUGGACCCUCCCAAAAAAGCGUACUGGGUUAGAGAGCGGUCAUGAUGUGAAAUCAGACUCUUCUAAAUCAAAAAUCUUAAAUCUAGAUUCAGUUUUUGUCCCUUAUACUUGCAGUUUAACAUCGACUAACAGCAGAUUGAGUCCAAGUUAACAUGCAGCUGAACCAGACGUAACAAACAAAAACUAACUUCCAAAACUGCAAAAUAAAGAUCAGAUACAACCCGAAUUAAUCCUGAUUAUACCUGUAAGUCAGUACGACGGAGUAAAAGGGGCAUAUAAAGAAAAACAAAUGAAGAUUUCAAGAUUAAAGUCGUUAACUAACGAGGAUAAAGUCAUUACUAAGGAUGAAGUCGUGAUAAAGUAAUAACUUACGAAAUAUUAAGUCAUUAUUACUUACGAGAAUAAAGCUGUAGUAAAAUAAUUACAAGAACAAUGUCGUAAAAAAGUAAUUACUUACGAGAAUGAAGUUGUAAUCAAGUAAUUACCUACAAGGAUAAAGCCGAGUAAAGUAACUAGUAAUAACAAAGUAAAGUUACUUACAAAAUAAAGUCGUAACUAAGUAAUUAUGAGAAUAAAGUCAAAGCAAAGUAAUAACUUAUGAGAAUAAAGUCGUAGUAAGUAAAUAUUACGAGAAUAAAGUCAUAACACAAUUACUUACAAGAUAUACGUUGUAAUAAAAUCAUUACUAACGAGAAUAAAAUUGUAAUCAAGUAGUUACUUAUGAUAAUAAAGUCAUAGUCAAGUAAUUAUGAUUUUUGUACGACUUUCUUCUCGUAAGAAAUGAUUUUUUACAACUUUAUUUACUCGGGUAACGAUUUUCCUAUGACUUUAUUCUUGUAGGUAAUUACUUUGUUACGAUUUUAUUCCCCUUAGUAACGACUUUAAUCUCGAGUCAAAUUUUUUUUUCUUAAUGUGGCCCUAAAACUCCGUCAUAAAGUCAGUCUGUACGAUAAACUGAAGUAUGAGUCUGCAGGGCAGCAGAAUUGUCAACAUGUUACUUUGCUUCGGCUCUAAUGAGGAUUCCUCAGAGUUUGUCGACACCUUCCAGUGGACACUUGGGGAACUGCAGUUUAUGUUUUUUUAUUUUUUUGCAUUUAUAAAUGGUCUGUUUUUCUGUAGACAGGGUGAAAUACUCAAUACUUUGCUCAAAUUUAUCGAAAGUUCGACGGGUUAGCGAGUAUUUCUGCAAAUCUGCAUAAAAACGUUAAAUUCACAAACAAAACUGAUCGAUAAAACAAACAGUCGGAGGGAAAAGGAAGACAGAGAGAGAGAAAGGGUUGGUUUGUGUCUCUAUAAGUGACAGUUACAGAUAGACACCAGUGUCACAAUGCCCAGACACACACAUACACACACACACACACACACUCACACACACUCAAACACACAUCCUACGAAUAGAGCUUCACUGUUGCCCCAUUAUCCUCUGCAGUUCAGUACCGGAGGGAAUCCUUGAAUGGAAGAGUGUGGGGGUGCAGCAGUCAUGGCUGUAAAAAAAAAAAAAAAAAAAUCAACCCAAAAAAAAACUAAAAAAAUUGUGCCGACAUUGCAUUUUUUUGUCUGUAAAAUUUUGCCGAUAUUUAUUCAUGGUGAGGAGAGAAAACAGCAUAAAACAUGGAAUAAUUUACCGACUCGGAGUCUAGACGGACAUUAAAUAUGUAUUUGAGUGUGUAAGACACUUCAGAUCGGGAAGGUCGGAGAUUUGGAGCAGUUUUUAUUUUUUUUUGGGGGGGGUGGGGGUGUUAUAACAGGAUUACAGGAUCACAGGCUACUCAUAUCCAUAAUCCCUCCCCCUCAUAAAUUAUUCAUCAAAAAUCCAGUUUUUAUUUUACACACACAUGUACAGACAAGGACUCCACACAAAGGGAGACAACAAACCGACUGUAGACUCCAAAAUAAACCACUUUGGUAACACUCUAAAAUAACCAUAAUGUAUAAAUGGUAAAUAGAUGGUUUGUUAAUGUAAGUUUAUAGUUACUUGUCUUACUUUGUUAAAGCGGUUUACCUGUCCAGCAGAAAGGUUACAGGGUCACCAAGAUCCCCAAGCGUCCCCCAUCGUUUAUGUUGACCCGGCUUUUUAGCUCUUGUCCGGUCUACCUCCGUUUUAAGCGCCCGUUAUUCCUCCAGAGUCUCCGGUAUUUACUUUGUUUUCUUGCUUGUGUCGGCAGUCGUGGCCAAAGGAGGAUUCGGACAAUUUUCCGAACUUUCUGGUUGGUUUCUACUGUCCGAUAUUGUAGCACGCUAACUUUGUUUGGGCUCCUGAACGACACGGAGGAGCAGCGUCUGCCUCACGGGCGCAAAGAUGCUUCUUUAACGGAUUCCUGCCUACCCCACCUUUUAGGUACAAAGAUCGUCAUUUUUUAAACUUUAGGACCACAGACCCAGAAUCUGCGGUUUUUGAGGAGUCUUGAGUGAACCCGGUCUUUCAGCUGAGAUCGUUCCUGUUCAGUCAAACAAACAAACUGUUAGAUUUAGGAUUAAAGGCACCAUGACUGCUUCAUUUUUUGUUGUUCUUGUAGCUCGUCCUCGCCCCCUCCCUAGGCAGUCUGUUACCAUAGUAACCACCGCCUCACUCCUCUCUCUCUCUCCCUCUCGCUCUACCCAUCACUUUGAAGACAUCCUUCUGACCUACAUUACCUCUCCUUGGAGCUCCUCUGUACCAUCUUCUCCUCAGUUGGUCCUACCUGCAGAACGCCCUCCAUCUGUGGACCGAACCAUCUGUCCCCAGUCUUGCUGACACAUUCCCGACUGUGGAGCGUACCAUAUGGAAGUGUACGGGGGUGUGCGGCGAUCUGAUGGGCCACCUGGAGGGAACAUAUGGACAUUCCUAUAGUGGGGGAAACAGACUGUUAGUGUGUUUGGAAGCUCUCAGGAGGGUCACACAAACGUAGUCUGAAAAAAACGUAUUUUUACUGAUAAAACUUAAAGAUAUCGGCAAGUUUCUGACAACGCUGUGUCCAAACUGGAUUCUCAGACAGAGGUUUACUGGGAAAACACCGGGUAUGAUUCCCCAGAACAUGUUUAAGUUAGGGUGACCAUAAUCUGAAUCCCCAACAAGAGGUCACAACUACGCGGGGACAGAGUCACGGAGUCGCACGUAGUUAAUUCUGAGAGGUUUCCGUGGUCGGUUCGAGUGUUUUUUACACACUUCUAACUCCAAGUAAGUUCACGCCACACAAACUCAAAACUUCCAUACCAAAAGAGGACGUAUGGUCACCUUAUUUAAAGGGCUAUUCCGGCGUAGUCACUGAAAAUCCUGAUCUGGUCUUGAUACAGUUGGAUCUUGAAAAUGAGCCCUUCUUGGUUGAUAUGAAACAGUCAAAUACAAUAGAGAACUGAGUGUUAUUCCCAGUAUCUGAUUUUUGUUCAUUAUGUUGUUUUUUUUCCCCUCAGCUCAGGAGGAUGGACGCUGUUCUUGGGUUUAACCCUCUGUGAACCGCAUCAGUAUCAAAGUCUUCUGCUGUGUCCCUGAAUCAGACCAGAGGAGGACAUCGACUGCUCUUGGAUCAGGCCGCACAUGGAGGAGGACGGUCAUUUCAAGUGGAAAAUAUGUGGAUCUCUGGAUGAUCUUUGUCACCCAAUCAGGAAACUAAAGGAAUAAUUUACUACGAGUCUGAGGAGGACCAUGAUUGCAGACUAAAAUAUCAGAUUCAACUGCCGAAGAAUCUCGUUUAAUUUCCAGAAGACGGAAAGCCAUGCCUCGUCUGAGACCCAACGUUUUCAGAGACUCCUCAUAAGACCUCCAUGUUCCUGGGUUUCACCUUCCUCUCUGAGGCAUCAUGGAGUGAGGUGUGAGACGACGAAUUCACAAAAGCCAGAAACAGAAACAGGAAGGACACCUCGAAUUUGAACAUCCAGCACCCUCUCCUGGCUGCACUGUGGAAUAAGGGGUGUGUCAUCAGGCUGCCCCUCGCAGAUGGAGGCCCACCAACACUCCCCAGAUAGCAGCAGUGAGGAGUGCACCGUCCUGGAGGCCCCACCCGGAAAAAAUGCCUGCCCGCAGCACGCAGGGAAGGUAGGACGGCGUUAUAGAAGGGGGCUUAUCAUUCUGGUUUCAUUUCCUCCUCCAAGAUAUUUGUGUGUGUGUGUGUGUGUGUGUGUGUGUGUGUUUGUGUGUGUGUGUGUGUGUGUUGAUAACAUCUGCAAAAGCUCUGUGGCCAAAAUGAAAUGAAAUGAAGGUUUUGCAGCUCAGAGCGAAAGAGUGAAGAAAAUUUGAUGUGGUAAAAAUUAGGGGUAACUGUUCCCCUAAAGAAAGAGCAUUUCACAGAAAUACCGAACAAGAGCACCUUUAAAAAUCUGUUCAGUGUUCUUAGAUAGAUUUGUAACUCUGCACACGACUGCACCCGCAUUUGAUUAUCGUCCAACUGCUCAGGACUCACAGACAUCAAACAUCCUAGAAAAGCAUCCACUGCCCUUUCUCAUCGAUCUGGACCGGAUUCUGUUGCUCCCUGGACUCAAUGACCUUUGUAACAUCAGUUCACCUUUCCAUCUGCAGGUGGCAGACCUGUACUGUUCAGCCUGUGAGUGCCCCCUCUGUGAGGACUGCGUAUCAGACCAUGGAGAGCACCCGACAGUACCACUCAGCCAGGCCCUGGAGCAGCACCGGACCGAGCUGCAGGAGAGCCUCAGUACUGCCCAGAACAGGUACAAACCUGAUUUUACGGUGUCAUGACUCAGAUGUCACUCAGACAUAAAAUAAGAUGUUUUAUACUUCAGAUGUCUUUUUUUGUUGUUAUGAUAUCAGGUUAAAAUUUUAGGGUUUUAUCUGGUGAGAAAAAGCUCAUUUUCACUUCUUCCUAAAAACUGCAGUAGGACAGAAAAUGAGUCACAAAGAGAUGAAGAAUGAAAAAGAACCAGUUUUAGGAGUUAGUGGGAGACACUGACAUCUGGUGGACAAUCAGGAAACUACAACCAAAGAGCACCAAAAAAAAAAAAACACCAGAGGAGAUGACACACCUUUCCCAUGUGGACUGAUCUGACUCUGCUGUUUAAAUAUUUGGUGAAAAUUAAAUCGUCUGAAUGAUCUCUCUUUCUACCCAUCUCUCUUCAGACUCCCUCAGAUUUCAGACGCUCUGUCAUUUGUCAAAGAGAUCCUUCAGCAGCUGACCAGUCAGAGGGCUUCUAUUGAGGAAGACAUCCAGUCCAGCUUUGAGGAUCUGCACAAGCAGCUAGAUGUCCGGAAGAGUGUUCUGCUGAUGGAGCUGGAGGUCACAUAUGGACUCAAACAGAAGGUGCACACAUGUUUUCAUGUCUGGUCAGGUUGACUGAAAGCUUUUGCACAAGGAGUUUGCAUCUGUCUGUAAAAAACAUCUGUCAAAACCUUAAAAAGACCUGCAUUUGUCUCUAGGUCCUCCAGGCCCAGGUGGACAACCUUGCCCGAGGAGAGGGGGACAUGGUGACCUCUUGCACCCAGACAGAGGAAGCUCUGGCCGGGGAGGCAUGUGUGGCCAGCCUGCAGGUGGAGCGGGAACUUCAAGAGAGGCUGAGGGAACUGGCUGGUCUUGGACUGCCAUGCCAGCCUGAGGAGAAUGACCAACUGGAUCUGAUUAUGGAGACUGAUGGUCUCAGGAAGUCCAUCCACAAUCUGGGGACCAUCGUAACAACCAGGUGAGACUGUCUGUGCUGAUCCACAUGGUCAAGGUCUGAGCUAAGUGGGUUUGUUGUUCACCAUCAUCCUGAUCCGUUUUUUCCCCUCAGUGCUGUGGCAAGCCAGAGUGAAGCCAUGGGCGCAGGCCUGGAGCAGUGCAUUGUGGGACAUCCUGCCUCUGUUACCAUAGUGACAAGAGACAAGUCAGGGGGAGCAUGCAAAAGUGGCAAUGCAAUCCUGUCGGCAGAGGUUCGUUAACGCCCACAUAGAUAUGAAAUGAAGCUGAAAAGCAAAGACUGAACAUGAUCCUUGUGUGUACCCAGGUGUUCACCCCAGAUGGAAGCAUCGUGGACGGUGAGAUCCUGGACCACAAGAACGGAACUUACGAGUUUGUGUAUAUAGUGCCGAAAGAAGGUGACUUCUCAUUGGCUCUUCGCCUGUACGACCAGCACAUCAAAGGAAGCCCUUUCAAGCUAACAGUCAGCAAAGCCUCAGAGGCUGUGGAGGUGUGUGACCUGAGGGGGCAUGUUGAGACUAUGUCAAGGGAGGGUGAAUAACAGGAAACACCUGACAGCUCGAUGAGUAGGUAAUGCAUCUUCUCCCCCCAGGUGUCCCCGUCCACCACCACUGCAACAAACUCAGCUGCCUACGCAACCCCGUCCACGGGCUCCUCUGAGGGGGCAAAGAGACGAGGCAAGUCCCCAGGCCAGAAGAAGAAGGGCUCCAAGAGGGCCAGUAGUGCCCUGGGAACCCCGCGACGCAAAACCCAGAACCCGAUCGAGGAUGACCUCAUCUUCAGGAUUGGUAAGAAACUCCUCUGACAGUACAGUGACUGAAGCUGCAGAAACAGUUAUAUAACAACAGCCUUGAGCAAUAAAAUUCAAGAAAAUGUGGGUCAUACCAAAACUGACUAUUGCUUACCCAGAGCUAGCAUUCCCUGACCAGACUAAAAUAGAGCUGGAGCGGAUCCUUGAUUUUUUAAAAAUGUUUUUACUCCUUUUUCUUUCAGGGACAAAGGGGAGGAACAAAGGAGAGUUCACCAAUCUUCAAGGAGUAGCUGCGUCUUCGACUGGCAGGAUCCUGAUCGCUGACAGCAACAACCAGUGUGUCCAGGUUUGAUCAGUUCCGCAUCUUCAAGUGGUUGUUUGAGUUCAACACUUGGUUUUAGAGGAUGAGGUCUACGGUAUGUCCAUCAGGGUCCUAACAGGUGUCUCCAAACUCCAGGUUUUCUCUAACGAGGGGGAAUUCAAGAGUCGUUUCGGUGUGAGGGGACGUUCACCGGGGCAACUGCAGCGUCCCACAGGUGUGGCUGUGCACCCUAGUGGGGACAUCAUUAUUGCUGACUAUGACAACAAAUGGGUCAGCAUCUUCACCUGUGAAGGAAAGUUCAAAGUAAGUGCGAAGAAAUCUCAGCAAGGAUGAUUAACUUCUGCAUUAUAAUAAACUGUUAAAUGGUACUUUCUCCUCAUUGGUUCUUUUUUUUUACUUUCAUCAGGCAAAGCUGGGCUCUGGUCGACUCAUGGGGCCAAAGGGUGUGUCUGUGGACCAGAAUGGACACGUGAUUGUUGUUGACAACAAAGCAUGCACCGUUUUCAUCUUCCAGCUGACCGGCAAGCUCAUCACCAAGUUUGGAAGUCGAGGCAACGGCGACAAACAAUUUGCAGGUAGCUUUUGCUUCAUGAGCCUGAGAUUUGACCGCAGUGAAAUGAGUGGUUGAAAAGUGAGCUUUGAAAUCAUCUAAGGUUGAAGGUUAUAUCUGUAGCUCUGAUUCCCAGUUGAUGUGUUUUAUCCCAAAGGUCCACACUUUGCUGCAGUGAACAAAAACAAUGAGAUCAUUAUUACAGACUUCCACAACCACUCUGUCAAGGUAAGGCUUCACUGAUCAAACCAGUCUGUUUUUCUUUGCUAAAGAGCUGGUAAACGUGACACUUAUAUGGGAUUUUUAUCUCCCGGUUAUGAUUAGGUCUUCACCCCAGAAGGAGAGCUGGUGUUGAAGUUUGGAUCCAACGGUGAAGGAAAUGGUCAGUUCAACGCUCCCACUGGUGUAGCUGUGGACAACAACGGGAACAUCAUCGUAGCUGACUGGGGAAACAGCAGAAUACAGGUAAGGCUGUUCUGUAAAGUACUCCUUCUUGUGGUUGUUGGGAGUUCAUGCAUUUAGCGACAUAUUCUGUCUCUACAACAUUUCCAGGUGUUUGACGGCAGUGGCUCCUUCCUCUCUUACAUCAACACAUCAGCUGACCCUCUUUACGGACCACAAGGUCUGGCUCUGACCUCAGAUGGACAUGUCGUGGUGGCUGAUUCUGGUAACCACUGCUUCAAAGUCUACCGCUACUUACAAUGAUUGAUGCUCGAACCGGAGGUAUGAAGCCUGUGCAAGAAAGACGGACAGGGGCAGUGGUUUUUUGAAGAGGAGAGACAAGGUGCAUGGUGUCCAAUCUUAGGAUUUAUUGCAUGAAACUCUAUCGCCGAGUAAGGAAGAAGGGAUUGGAAGACAAGGCAGUGGAAAAGGAGAAGGACGAGUCACACAAUUACAUCAUUUCACCAAAAUGGAAAUAUAUUCAGGUUGACAUCAUUGAUUCUGAAAAAGUAUGAUAACCAAACAAGAAGACUGGAUGGAAGAGAAGUAUGGAACGAGGACUGAUGGUGCAUUCAAGAGAUGGCUGCCCUCAUGCAAAUUUGACAAGUAUUACAGAGCGCGAUGCGAGGCUGAUGCAAUGCUGGGGUAAGAACAGAUAUGCAACAACUGAUUCAAGAUGUCAAUAUUUCAAAGUUCGUCUUUCCCAGAGUUUGAGUAAGUAGAAAAAUGGAGGACUGUAUAAAAAGGCUUUAAAAAAGACAAACAACUAGUUUCUGAAGAGGAGGACUGAAGUGUCUGUGGAGACAACCGUGUUCCUAAACCGAAGACCCAAGAGGAAGUCAGUUAUUGAAAAAGGGAUUGUAAGUUAUCAAAGGCAUGAAUGCAUAUGUGUGUAUGUUUCAGAGAGAUCUGAUUGGAAGAUUUGAAGUUGCUAAUGUUCUGCCUUCUAAUGCUGUAUGUACAAAACAAAGUAAUGGCCAUCAAGCUAAAAGUGGUUCUAUGUCUUGGCUUGACAUCAUUUGUGGCUUCAGGUUUUCACCACCAACCUCCCCAGCAGCUUUUGCACCGUAGAUUACAUUUGCCAACCACUAUUAAUACAAAUUAGGAGUUAAAGGAAGUUACUCACUCUCAGAACUCUCAGUUCUGAACUCUAAACUUUGAGAAGUUCGAGCUGGAAACCUCUAAGUACCCACUACAAAGGGUGUCCAAAUUUCCCUCGACUGAAUUCUUGACCUUUACUUUGUAUUGGCCUUAAUUGACAGCAGUAUUUCGGCCACUUUUAGCCUGCUGUACAUUGUUUGUAUAUAAGGACUGUCUGAAAAUGGAAUGUUUAUUUUGUUCCUUGUCAUUGCUAGUAUUCUUUACAAACCUUAGGCAAUAGAUCCACCACUAGAAAAGGCUGCUUGUCACGGGUUAUUUGAAUGAUUGAUCCAUUUUGUUCUGGGACACAUGAGCUGUGAUGUUGAGAGUUGUGUACCUAUGCUUGGUUUGAGUAUCAGUAUUUCCUGAAGAGUUUGUUUCAAGGAGAACUAAGAAGUCUCAGUAUCUACAUUUGUGAGAAUCCCUUUAAUGAUAAAACAAACGGAAUCAGCAACCAGCCUGCUGCCGAGGAUCAGCAUGCCCUGGUCCCAAGCUUUGCCUCCCACCUGGCUAACUCAGUAUCCACCCUCCUGCCUGUCCUGGCAGGGGGGUGAAGACCAGUUCCCUUCAGGUCAUGGUUCCCUUCCCAAUCUUUCCAAAAUGGAUCGUGAGAUUGAUGUAAGGGGUCAGGGAGUUGUUGAACCAAACAGUGAUGGUGAAAGAGGUGUGCUGUAUUCCUCUCUGUGGAAUAUGUGACACACCCGCACUCACAGGCUUAAAUCCUCACAGGAUCCUAUGAUCAUGCACUACCGAAGAGAUGUCAUGAACAAACACCUCAAGCAAGUGGGGGUUCAUUGUCCAGGGGGUGAACCGGCAACUCUCCAGCUACCGACUCCAUUUCCCAAUUUAGUCAGUGCCAAGACUUAGACCAAGGACCCCUCCAGUUCCAGAGCCAAGUCAAAAGACCAACCCAUGUUCCACCCCUCGCCCAUGGUUAUGUGAAUGUGAUUACAGUUACGAGCAGCUGAAAUGAGUUUCAGAUCCCGAUGAAGCUGAGAGUAGAGCUGCCACACCUCGCAUUGAAAGGACUCAGUUCAUUAAUCUGAUCAGGCUCACCUUCAGAGGCUUCCUAGAUGUGUCCAGCUGGGUGGAGACCCUGGGGUAGACUCAGGACCAUGGACUGUAUGUAGAAUGGAUGCCAUCUCCCUCCUUACUGGGUGAAGCCACUCCGAGGACAGCACCCUCUGGCAACGGGCUGCAGUACAGGUCAUAAAUCCCACCUCCUCCAGCAUUCCCUAUGGAGCUGUGGACAAACUUUAGAAAAUUUAUUACACAGAACAUAACCCCCCCCCCUGUUGCGAUGUUGACAUGUAGUUACUGUCAGACUGGUUUGUGCUCAAGUACAGCUCCAUUUUUAAAAGUUAUUAGGGGGUUCAUGUUCUGUAAUUGACACUUGAUACAGCCUAUGGACGUACAAAGAUUGCGUAGCUCACCCGGGGGAUAUGCUGUUUGAGCCGAGUGUCAUCACACUCUUAGCGACUCUCCCAUCGAAUGCGUACAACGCUACUGCGCAAUGUUGGUUUCCAGAAAUGGCGAAAAAACGCGGAAUUUCCGAGAGCUUUUUGGCUUCUAAUCCAUAUACUGGCAGAAGGCGGAACUAAGUUGUCCAUAGUAUAAACAGUCUAUGCUCAGGACUUAUUAUAAGGGUUCUAUAUCUUGUCUGGCUUGAGGAUGCUUCCUAGGUGCUAGGAAAUGUUGCUGAGGAGGAGGAGGAGGAAGUAUAGGUUGACCUGCUUGGCCUGCUGCCAGAGGGGAAAAAAAAGAUCAAUGGAAGGAUGAAUAAAUUCCGGAACAUAGGGAAAGGAAACAUUCUUCAAUAUCUCCCAUGAUUCUAGAAUGUUUUAAAGAUUCCACCAAGUUCAAGGCCAUCAUCAAUCGUACAUCAACGCCUCACUGUUCUAGAAGCAUGCCUCUGUAUUACAUGUGAACCCGUGACAUCAAACAUAUCAGUAUGGCGUUCAACUGUGAGCUCUUUUCUGAGAACGGUCCCACAUAGAAGGCGGUUUACAGACAGAGUUUGUACCAUACAGCAAUGGUAAGCAUUUACAAAUUACACACGGUGAAGCCCAAUGUGAUCAUAAUAAUGAUGGUUCUGAAAAGCAUUUACAUUAAUCGUUUUAGAGGCAAGUAAAGCCUUUAAGUAAGUUCAUUUAUGACCCUGAUUAUUAAUGAACAGAUGAAUGUUAUUUAGUUUCCUUGACUUAAUUUAAGUUGUCCAUCUAUUUAUUGAAAAUGCAAGAGGAAAAAAAAACACAAGGGGCUGUGUCCAUUAUCACUACUUUUCUUUUUUUUGUUCUGGCAGCACCGACAGCCUCAUUGUUCAAUCUCUUUUCCUGAAAGUCGAGAAAAUCCUAUGAUUAAAUUCAUACUUUAAAAACACGUUGGUGUCUCUGUCAUAGUUUUUGACGACGUUCACAUUUAAAGUCCCGCCUCUCCUGGAUUUUGAUUAGUUAGUAAUCUGAGUAAAGGUGCUGCCGGAACAAAACUAAAAUGGACCGAGCCCCUACAUGAGUUAUAUGGGAUCAAAUCUUAUUUCGUAGAUGUUCUUCGGAUGUUUUUUCUGUUUAUUUAUUUGAAUCAUCGUUCUCUCUCUCUUUCUUGCCAUUUGAUUGUGUUCCAUUGUGUGCAUUAAAACUCUUAAGUGCCCAUUAUAUUUAUUAUUUUUGUACAUUCUGCCUGUUACGUUGAGUCAAAAUAUGAUUGUUGGUAUUUGAUACAUUUUAUAUUGACUGUUGUGAUGAGACAAAUCAGUUUAUCAUCUUUUACGCUGUAUUUUUUAUUUUGGUCAAACAAAGUUCUUUGGGAGAAAAAGUACUAAAGACAGCCUGUUAGCAAAAACAGCUUUUUUAGCAUCGUAUUUUUGAUUGACGCCAGUGCACAGCCGAAAAAUCAAUACGGUACAACAAGAAUACAAAUCAUCAUGAAGGUUUGUCAUGUGACGCUAACACCGUUAGCUUUAUUACAGCUUUGGUAUCGAUUCUGAACGCUAACAUCACUAACUAUCCAUCUAACAGGCAACCAGGACGUUUUUUUUUAUUUUAACGACGUGGUAAGUGCAUGUUCAAUAUGAAAAGUUGUCAGAGUCCCGAUCUGGAUUUAAGUGGUUCCUUUAUGAUUUCUGAUUUUUCGGGUUUUCUUGGUCACUUUUCGAUGUUUCGGCAGAGUCAGGUCGUGUUCCUUCGACGUCAACUUGGCCUUGUUCGCUGGAAAUUCAGCCUAAAUGUCAGUAGGACGAGUGAAUGUUGAUUUAAAGGUGGUAUGAUAGGAUCGCCAUCUCAUUUUCAAAUAAACACAUUAAAGUAAAAGUUAGCAAAGUUACAUGAAAUAAAAUAAGGCCAUUUGUACAAUAUACAUUCAUUUGAGGGAACUUUUUUGUCAAAUGUUAUCAUACCUACUGGGGAUCAAGGAAACAGAAAAAUCAUAAUUUUGGCUUCAAUUUAAAAAUUCUGCACCCUGUUGAACAUGUAGUAAUAAUAAGUUCCUGAAGAGUUACACCUGCCUGCUGUUUUAUUCUCUGUAAAUGCUAUCGUUAUGUCUGUUCACUAUGGAUUGUCUCUUAAAUAACCACACACACAAACAUCAUGGAAAUAAAGCAUUGAUUACUACAUGGCA